AAUUAACGCCCAUUAUAGUGUGAUGAGAAACAGCCGGCAUGUGGAAGUUGUACUCGUCACAAGGUGCCAUGUGUGUACAACUCUCCAACGGCAAAAAAAGCACAUUUCAGGGAGUCAGGCUCUAGCUGUGCACAGCAAGCCAAUUCUUUCCAAUAUACAAUUCAGCCAACAAAUACAUCACCAUCCGUAAUUGGGACCAGUCUCGGCUCAUCAUCACAUGCCGAUUCGCCAGAAGAAGUGGAUGAGAUUGACGAUUAUGGCAUUUCGGAGUCCCGAUCACGGCGCCUGCUUGAGCUUCGACUUCUUCAGAACUACAUGGAAAAUGCUAGGCAGCCUUUUCCGUCUCCCAAGCCAACAGAAAAAGCCUCAAGCUUGGCAAAACUCGUGCCUUAUAUGGCACUUGAAAAUGACAAUCUCCUCUACUCAGUGUUCGCCCUCUCAGCUACCCAUAUUCUAAGAGAAGGUCAAAACACGGAGCUUUUGACAGCACGCCACAACUAUAUGGGUCUGGCAUUACGGGAACAACGCAAUGCGGUGGCAAAUUUAAAUAAGCACAAUGCAGAUGCAGUUUGUUUUUCCUCCACUAUUAUGCUCAUCCAAGCAUUUGCCAUGUUACAUGAGCGCAUUGUCGAGCCUUAUUCCCCACCCAUGGAUUGGCUUCGGCUAGGUCGAGGCGCUGGAACGGUCUUCGAGCUCCUGCUGGAUAAUUUAGAAGCCCUGGAAGGCGCUGAUGCCUCAAAGUUCAUGUUGCUUGUUCGAGGUCCGCCGCUACUGGACGAUGAUGAUGAGCUUUUCUCCGAGGAGAACAGAGCUCCUUUUUUGCAUCUACUGGAAGAUUCCGAGAACCUUGGACAGGAAAUCGAUGGGCUGUGGAAUUCGGAUAUCCAAAGAGCUUAUGAGACCACUCUCAGUUACAUAGGAUCCAUUCAUCGCGCAAUCGAAAGGGACGAGCCAUCGAUCAGCGUGUGCAGAAGACUGAUGGCAUUUCCAAUACGCAUUCCCAAAUUAUUCAUCGACCUCGUUGAGGAGCAGCGACCUCGUGCACUGGUGAUCCUUGCACAUUUUUUUGCUCUGACAAAUCACGUAAAUGGUAUAUGGUGGCUCGCGAAUACCCCGCAAAGGGAGAUACGGGGUGUCUACAGAGCGUUACCUGCGGAAUGGAAACAUCACAUGCACUGGUCUCUUUCCGUUGUCGGAUUAACUUCCCCUGGAGGAUUUUCUCAUUAAUGAUACCUUUGGGAGGACGUCUACUUGACCAAUCUAUUGGAAAGAUGAUAAAAUGCCCAGCAUCGGCAUUUCAACAGCGCCCUUAAAACACCUUUAUGUAAUCAUGACUUUAACUCUCAAGCUGA